AUGACCGAGAGUGUACUGCCUCCUCCUCCUCCUCAAGAUGGAGAAAUGGAUGAGAGUGAAGCAAAUGGUACUGACAAGCCUGAGACAAAUAAGAAGAAGGCAGCAAAGGCUAAGGCUGAAGAUCAGGCCCGGGCUGCUGCCAGGGCUGCAGCGAAGCGGAUGCCUCAAGUUCAGAGAUCUGAAGAAUACAGAAUGCUAAAGAAGAAAGAGAAAAAGAAGAAGGAGAGAAAGCGGCUCGGACUAUGUGAUGCAGCGGAGUACGAUGCCGAUGAAGUUGGUUCAUCUGCUGACUCUCAGGAAGAAGAUGCUGAUAUUUGCCCAUAUGCUGGAGCUGAGGGGCCUUCUGGAGAAGGGAAGGAGGAGAAGACAGGAGAUGCUGCUGAUGAACGACUGUGGGAUCACAGUAAGAACAGGGGGGAAGAAGGUGCUUCUGGGAGUCCAUCUGUUUGUACCAAGGUAGAGGAUGUUGGAGCUGUGGUGUCUUAUGGAGAAGGGAAGCAGGAGAAGAGUGGAGGUUCUUCUGGCAAAAGAAAUGGGCGUCAAGGGAAGAUCGAGGGUAAGGAUGAUGAUGCUGAUAGUCCAUAUGUUGAAGCCCUGCUGACACAGCAGCCUAAGAAUGUUGGAAGUGCAUCGUUCUGUGAUGAUUCUGCCAACAAACAAAGGAAGAACAAGGAAGAAGAGAAUUCUUGUCCUGUUGCAGUGCAGUUGCCAUCUGAAGAAGGCGAUCAAGAGCUGAAGCAACAUGGAGCAUCCCGGCCAUCCUUGAAUUCUCCUGGCAACAGGAGGCACAGGCGCAGAGGUAACAGAAAGAAGGGGGAAGAUGGUUCUGCUUCGAGUCCUAUUGAAGCUCAUGUGCCAUCUGAAAAAACGAAGCAAAACAAGUCAAAUUCUCCUGGCAAUAGAAGGCACAGGCGUCGUGGUAACAGCAAGGAGUUGCAUGAUUCUGCUCUGAGUCCUGAUGAAGCUCAUGUGCCAUCUGAAAAAGGGAAGCAAAAGAAGAAGUGGAAUUCUCCUGGCAACAGAAGGACCAAAAGUCCUGGUAACAGGAAGAAGUCAAAUUCUCCUGGCAACAGAAGGACCAAAAGUCCUGGUAACAGGAAGAAGUCAAAUUCUCCUGGCAACAGAAGGACCAACAGUCCUGGUAACAGGAAGAAGGGAGGGUAAGGAUGAUGAUGCUGAUAGUCCAUAUGUUGAAGCCCUGCUGACACAGCAGCCUAAGAAUGUUGGAAGUGCAUCGUUCUGUGAUGAUUCUGCCAACAAACAAAGGAAGAACAAGGAAGAAGAGAAUUCUUGUCCUGUUGCAGUGCAGUUGCCAUCUGAAGAAGGCGAUCAAGAGCUGAAGCAACAUGGAGCAUCCCGGCCAUCCUUGAAUUCUCCUGGCAACAGGAGGCACAGGCGUAGAGGUAACAGAAAGAAG